UGGAAUCUUUUUGUGUUGUUGUUGCGCGCAGUCCCCACCCAUUGGUACAGGUGUGUCUACCUGCUUUUUUUUGGGUUUGAAACCCGGAAGUUUUUGGACCGUCACUACUCGCUUAAUCACUGCCUCCGUGGACUGUGUGUGGAUUGGCCUCCCGGGAGAAGUGUGCCCAAAGUACCCAAAUACAUCCACCGGCUCAGCCGACGAGCGUCCGGGACCGCAGAGAGGGGGGAGGAGGGAGACACCCGAUGGCGUCCGCCGAAGGACAGACGCACCCGCGGGUGGGAGCCGUGCUCGGGGAGACCGCGUCGAUCCACGGCAGCGCGGAGAAGCUGGACUCCUCCACCGUCAACCGCGUCCUGAUGGAGUUCCUGGCGUACUUCGGCAGAGCCAUCUUCGUCUUGUACCCGGUGUAUCUGACGGGAUACCUGGGCCUCAGCAUCAGCUGGGUGCUUCUCAUUAUGCUCAUGGCCACUUGGUGGAAGAAAAACCGACAGACCAAAGUCGUCCGGAUCGGAACCGCCAUCGACUUUGUGGACAACGAGACCCAGCUGGUGAACAAGGAGCUCGGCGGCGCCUUGCAGAUGGCGACUUGGGUCCAUUUUCCCGAGGUUGAGAAAGUUGACUGGGUAAACAAGGUGUUGCAGCAGGCCUGGCCUUUCUUUGGGAUGUACAUGGAGAAGCUCCUCAAGAACAACAUCCAGCCAACCAUCCGGCUCUCCAGCCCUGCCCUCAAGAUGUUCUCUUUCACAAAGGUCCACUUUGGAAACACACCUCUGAAGAUCACUGGAAUGAAAGUAUUCACGGACGAAGUGGAUCACAGGCAGGUGAUCCUGGAUCUGGAUAUAUGUUACGAGGGGGACGUGGACAUUGACGCCGAAGUGAAGCCGCCGAUCACGGCGGGCAUCAAGGGACUUAAAUUUCAGGGGACAAUGAGGGUAAUUUUGGAACCUCUUAUUGGCCAAGUGCCACUGGUGGGAGGAGUCACGUUUUUUUUCAUUCGCCGCCCCUCCCUAGAAAUCAACUGGACCGGCAUGACCAACCUCUUGGACAGCCCGGCCUUCAGCUCGCUGUCGGAGAACACCAUCAUGGACAUCAUCGCCUCGCUCAUGGUGUUGCCCAACCGCAUGUGUGUGCCCCUCAUCGACCAGGUCAAGGUGGACCAGAUGAGGUUCCCGCUCCCUCGAGGUGUGGUGAGGGUCCACCUGCUGGAGGCCAGGGACCUGUUGGCAAUGGACACAUAUAUGUUGGGCUUGGUGAAAGGCAAAUCGGACCCCUACGCCACACUCCGAGUGGGCAACCGCCAUUUCAAAAGCAAGAUCGUCAAAGAAAAUCUGCACCCUAAGUGGAACGAAGUGUAUGAGUUCGUGGUCCAUGAAGCCCCGGGGCAAGAGCUGGAGGUGGAACUGUGGGACGAUGACACGGAUAAGGACGACUUUCUUGGAUCGUAUCAUCUUGAUUUAGGAAAAGUGAAGAAGGAACUAGAGAUCGAUGAGUGGUUUACUCUGGAAAAGGUCCAGAAUGGAGAGGUCCGUCUCAAGCUCCAGUGGUUUUCGCUCAAGUCGGACCCCAGCCUGCUGAGAGAGUCUGAAGACGGCUUUGCUUGUGCUAUGCUUGCAGUCUAUCUGGACAAUGCCUCCAACCUACCAAAAGAUCAAAAUGAGAUCACCGAGCAACAGAAACACGGAAAGCAUGCAAAGGAAGCUCGGCUCACUAAAAAGAGAACGACCUGCCCAGACUCCUUUGUGGAGUUUUCCAUCGAUAAAGAUGUAAAGAAAAGCAAGGUUAUAUAUGCAUCCAAAGACCCAGUGUGGGAACAGGGCUUCACCUUCUUUGUCCAUAAUGUCAAGACACAGCAGCUCACGGUUCAGGUCAAAGCGAACGAGAAGAAGCCUGCGCUCGGUGUUCUCAACAUUCCGCUGAGUCGCCUCCUCGACACCUCGGACAUGACUCUAGACCAGCGCUUCCAGCUGGAGCGCUCCGGCGUGAACAGCCAGAUCAAGCUGAAAGCCACACUCAGGGUCCUUAACUUGGAAAAGCCUCCACCCAAGAUUAUCGUCAAGCCUCCUCCACAAGACAAACAGCAAAGGCCGCAGACCAACCAAGGGAGCGACGUUCCCGUAUCCGCUCCCUCCGCCAACGCAUCCUCCUCUCCAGCACUUUCCCCAAACGCCGGCCCCGCUGGCCACAGCUCGCCUGCGCCGUCCCUGGCUGACAACAAGGAUGGCUUUCAAACCUGGCGGUCAACUUCUUCCCUAUCGAACAUGCGUCGGUACGACUCCCACAGCCUGCUGUCAGAGAACUCCAUCGCUUCGUCCCGUUUCGACCUUUCGGAGGGCGCCUCGUAUCCAGAAGUCAUUCGCCAACAUCAGGGUUCAUUUGGGGAGAUCCAGCUGACCGUACGCUACGCCAGCCUGAGGAACAAACUCAUCGUCGUGGUUAACUCUUGCAGGGAUAUAUUCCGCUUCGGUGACAACGGCACAGACUCUUAUGUCCGCCUGUAUUUUCUCCCCGACCAAUCCUGGAUACACCGCAAGAGGACACAUGUCAAGAAGAGGACGGUCAAUCCUUUCUUCGAUCACAAGUUUGAAUUUGACGUGUCACUUGAAGAAGCACAAAACAGGAAGUUGGAUGUGUCUGUGAAAAAUGGAAAAAUGUUCCACUCGCGGGAGAGAAAGGACAUCGGCAUGGUGAUGAUUGAGCUUUCCCAGUUGGAUUUAGUGAAAGGCGUCACAAAUUGGUAUGAGCUCACACUGCCUGGGCUGAAGAAACACAGCUAGCGAGUAGAGCUGCACGAUUCCUGUAUGCAGCAUUAAAAGAAGCUCCUCCUCCUGCGCGGCCUUAAGUAUGCCUAGUAUAUGUUGGGAGCUAGCACACUCCUUUGUUCUUCCUUGUCAUCAUGUGUAUAUAUAUCGAUUUAAUUUUUCUUUUUUUUUUCAAAGGCUAUACGCUAUAUAUUAGUACUUAACUUGGAGUUUAGUGUGUCUAAUUCUGCAUACAAAUAUCAACUAUGAUUAAAAAUCUGAGUACUGAAUAAACAACCUUUAAACAUGCUUUGUUAUCCCAGAUAAUUGUAUCACUAGCAGGACUACAAUUCAGUUUAUUGUUGCUUAUUUGGAUUGAUAAGCAGAAAACAAUGUUCCUGACUUAUGGGGCUACUUUCCAUUCAUCCUUUCCCCUUCAUCGUGUGUAAAUAUAAUUUAACGCACCAAAACAUGUUAGUAUUCAUUAAGAAACAAGAUCAUUUUUUCAUUUGGAUAAUUUGGAUAUUUUUUGUUGUUGAUCUGAGCCAAAGUAAUCCUUUUUUAUUGUAAGUGUGAAUAUUUUCAUUGAUGUUUUAUGUAAUAUGUUAUAGGAGGAGAAGUAUAUAGAAAAUGGAAGGGUGUUUUGCUGCAACAAUUUUGGAGAGUCAUUGCACAUUGAGGGAGGGUAAUGCGCGUUACACGGUAUAUUCACAGGUGGAAGAAGCAAAAUGCAACUGGAGUUUUGUGUGUGAGGCAGCUCUGCAGUUCUACUGAAUUUCAAUAUUUGUUAUAUUUUAAAGUACUGUUACACUUGCAGAGACACUUAAAACAAGAGUACUUGCAGCUUUAUUUUGAAUUUAAUUUAAAAAUAGAUGAUAAUUCAUUAAGAAAGAAAUUACCCUUAAAUUAGUUACACCAAUUACAAUACAUUUUGUAUAUCUUGCCUGUCCCGACUUGAGGUGAUCAUCUAUUCUCAUGAUGUUGCUGUUGUUUAUCCAUUUAAAUUAUUAUGUAGCUGGAGACUUUAGGAAAAGUGUUCAGGAUCUGUUUUAUAUUUUUUCAUUCUUUUAACACUGACUGUUUAUUCAGCUACUAUUUUAAUAGCAAAUAAACAUCUUUAAGAAGUGUA